UAGAAGUAUCCUCUGAUACUCAGCCUACAACUGGUGCGCUAUCGCGUUUGGACGCACAAUUACGCACGGCUGCAAUUUAAGCUGCACAGUCCAUUUUCUAAGGACUGCUUUACUCUGAUGCAUUUUGCAGUAUUUAGAAGACAUCUUUCUUGCUGUCUUUCGUGUAUGAGGAUUUCCACCUUUUAAGUCUGCAGAAAGUGGUGAGCAGUGCGGAGGCAGGGAAUAUGAUCCACGCGUAAACUUCUGUUCAGGCUCUCUUAGUUUCUAUCCGCUCACCAUCUUUAAAAAUGCAAAUCCUCCUGUGCACAGCUGUGCUCCUGUACCUCAGGGAGUCUGCCAGCGCUGAGCCUAAAGACAAGUGUCCCACGCGGUGCGAUGUGAGUACCUGUCCGAGUCCUAGCUGCCCCAGCGGCUACGUCCCAGACCGCUGCAACUGCUGCCUGGUGUGCGCGCAGGGAGAGGGCGAGCCGUGUGGCCGUAAGGACGACCUGCCGUGCGGGGACGGGCUGGAGUGCAAACACCCGGCGGGCAAGCGGCUCUCCAAGGGGUUCUGUCGGUGCAAGUACAGCCACGAAGUGUGCGGCAGCGACGGGAAGACGUACGGCAACGUGUGCCAGCUGAAGGCGACCAGCAGGAAGGCGCAGCAGCAGGGACUGCCGGGCAUCAGCCAGAGCCAGAGGGGACCGUGUGACGCCGGCACAGGUCCUUCACAUGCUGCCAGCCCUCGUUACAAGUUCAACUUUAUAGCUGAUGUGGUGGAGAAAAUUGCUCCUGCUGUGGUCCACAUCGAACUCUUCCUCAGGCAUCCUUUGUUUGGUCGGAACAUCCCUCUGUCGAGUGGAUCUGGGUUUGUAAUGUCAGAUAACGGACUGAUUGUUACCAACGCCCAUGUGGUCUCCAGCACCACACCAGUGUCCGGUCAACAGCAUCUCAAGGUCCAGAUGCAUAAUGGUGAUGUCUAUGAAGCCAGCAUCAAAGACAUUGACAAAAAGUCAGACAUUGCUACAAUCAAAAUCAAUACACAGGAGAAACUGUCUGUAUUGUUUCUGGGCCACAGUGCAGACCUGAGACCCGGGGAGUUUGUGGUUGCAAUCGGCAGCCCCUUUGCUCUGCAGAACACCGUCACCACCGGCAUUGUCAGCACUGCCCAGAGAGAUGGCAAGGAGCUAGGCCUCAGGGACUCCGACAUGGACUACAUCCAAACUGAUGCUAUUAUCAAUUAUGGGAAUUCAGGGGGACCUCUUGUCAAUCUGGAUGGGGAGGUGAUUGGCAUCAACACCUUGAAGGUUGCAGCAGGAAUCUCAUUUGCAAUUCCCUCGGACCGAAUAACUCGUUUCCUUAAUGACUCACUUGACAAGCACAGCAAAGAUGUGAGGUCAAUAAAAAAGCGUUUCAUUGGAAUCAGGAUGUUGACCAUCACACCAACGUUAAUUGAAGAGCUAAAACAGCAGAAUCCAGACUUCCCCAAUGUUACCAGUGGGAUUUAUGUCCAUGAGGUCGUUCCUCACUCACCUGCACAGAAAGGUGGUAUCAAAGAUGGUGACAUUAUUGUGAAACUGAAUGGCAAACCUUUGAUGGCCACUGCUGAUCUGCAGGGGGCGCUGCAGGAGGAGACAGCCCUACUGCUGGAGGUCAGGAGGGACAAUGACGACCUGCUCUUCAACAUCGAACCUGAUGUUAUCAUGCAGUAGAAAUGGGAAGCACCGCUCUCAUGCAGAGUUAGACCAACAUUAAAGGCCCUAUUUUUGUGAAAGAACACAUUGGAUGGUGGAAGCUUUGCACCAGUGCAGUGAACUUUAAUCAAGCGCACACAUGUUCUGAUACUUUGGUAACUGGCUGUCAACUGUGCCAAAGUAAAAGAAGCCCAUGGACGACAUGGUGCAAUGCAGUCUUGGUAUCAAGGAUUUACACCUGCUCAGACAAGGUCAACAUUGGAACAACUACACACAUGACAUCGCAUUACCCCAAACCCUUUUCAUGUUGAGUUUCCUUUUGAUUUUCACCUUUUUCAACCAGUAGACACAUUUACUGUACAAGUACCUCAAAAAUAUGUUAAUAUGAGUCAAAAAUGGCUGUUAGGCAGUAUGUUAUGGUGCACACCAUGAAAAGAUGAAAGCAGAGUUGAUGAAUAUAUAGUUGAAUUGAUAAAAUUUCUAUUUUUAGAAGGCGAAAAUGACAUACACAUAAAUGAAUACAUUUUGCUCUUAAGCAUUUUUCUGACAGGGGGACAUAGUCACAAGCAUACAUCAAAAAAACUUUCAUGACCCUCUUUAGUAUCCAUACAAGGGUGAAGAGUUGCUCCACUGUUCUAUGACCAGGUUCUCCCCUGGUUCUCUUAAUCUAAAUCCAAGUGAGGUAGUAGUUAGUAGUGAAGAGAGAGCUGAGUCUGAAUAAGCAAAGCUCUUGAUUUACCAGCUGAUCUACUUUUAAACCCUCUUCAAUGGUAUAAGCUUUGAGUGAUGACUAAAAGAAAUGUGGAUAGAAACAUCCAAAAUUAGUUUCCUUUGCAAGGUAGAUUCAGUCAAGUCAAUUUUAAGUCAAGUCAAGUCAAUUUUAUUUAUAAAGCCCAUUAUCACAAAACACAGUUUGCC